UCUCGCUGCUCUGUGACUGUCACCCAGCUGGGUGUGCACUCUCCUGUUGGCUACCCUCGCCCUCAUUCCUUGCUCGGUUGCCACGUUGUUACACUGUCGCCUGCCUGUCUGGCCCUGCUUCUCCAGAGCUAGUAUGGGGCAAGACUGUUGCAAGCUCCACAAACCCCAGAUGGUCUACACUGUGGGAGGCAGUGGAAAGAAGGAUCGUUCAGGUCUGAGCGAGUCUUUCCUGUUGAUGGCUAACUCUCAGAGAGACAUGGAGGAGUGGGUCAGAGCCAUACGAAGAGCCAUAUGGGCCCCGCUAGGAGGAGGUAUCUUCGGGCAGCAUCUGGAAGAGACGAUGCAGUGUGAGAGUGGGUGUGGCAGCAGCAGCAAGACUGUGGUGCCUCUGCUGGUGCACCAGUGUGUGUGUUUUAUACACCAGUACGGCCUUACAGAGGAGGGGCUGUUUAGAAUGCCUGGACAGACCAAUCAUGUACAAGAGCUGCAGGAUGCCUUCGACUGUGGGGAGAAACCACUGUUUGACAGUAACACUGAUGUCCACACGGUGGCAUCCCUGCUGAAGCUUUACCUCAGAGAGCUGCCGGAGCCUGUGGUGCCUUUCAACAAAUACACAGAAUUCCUCUCCACCGCUCAGCUACUGACCAAGGACAAGGAGGAGGGGAUCUUUGAGCUGGGCAGGCAGGUGAGGACUCUUCCUCAGGUCAACUACAACCUCCUGAAAUACAUCUGCAGAUUCCUAGAUGAGGUCCAGUCUCACUCCAGUCAGAACAAGAUGAGUGUUCAGAACCUGGCCACUGUGUUCGGACCCAACAUCCUCCGACCCAAGAUGGAGGAUGCACAAACCAGGAUGGAGGGCAGUUCCCAGGUGCAGCACCUGAUGACCAUACUGAUCAGUGAACACUCUCGUCUGUACCAGGGAGAGGCAGAGACUCCCAGGGAGGACCAAUUUGCCCCUGCUCCAACUCCCUAUCCCCAGGCCCCCCCAAUUCACCAAUGCAUGGUGGAGUGGCUCUCACAGCAGAGCCCCACCAACCCCACCCAGCCCUAUCCCUCCCUGGGACAGACCCCUAACACCCCAAGUCAGGAACCACUUCAACCCAUCCCAACCUCCAGUGGCUCCUCUCUCAAAACUGACCACCCUGGAUCAACCACCCAGGGAAGAAAAGAGGGGUAUUCUGAGGGAAAGAGUGACGGAAGAACAGAAGGAAAGAUGGAGAGAAAGAGUGAAGGAAAGAAUGAAAGAACGCUCUCGGGUGGUAGUGGUGCAGCGCUCGGUCCCAGUAAACAGCCCAAAAGCCUGUCUUCAUGGAGGUCCUCCUUGAAGGGCAGGUCGGGGUCAAUAGGGGUGAGGGGGAAGAUAGGAGGGUCAGUGGUUGACAUGUCGACUGUCACCGGGGGCAACUGGCGGAUGAACGGCUUGUCACCCUUCCACAGUCACCGAUGGACCGCUUUGACCGGCAAACGACUCAAAGAGUCCUCGCUUUCCCUGACAGAGACACACAAAGACUCUCUGCCAGACUCCUAUACUGGGUCCUCUUUGUCGAUAAAAUACUCUUCACACUCCCAAAGAAGCUUGCUAAAAGACUCAUCUCCUUUACAUAUAGACUCUUCCAGUUCUAGUAUAGACUCCUCCUUUCCCAAUAUAAAGACCUCCAUCUCUGUCAAAAACUCCUCCCAUUCCAACAGGCUCUCGACCUAUGACAACGUUACCAUCGAUUCCUGCAGUCUGAGCUUGCCCGGUGGAAGCCCCUCCCCCUGGACCUCCUAUGAGAUCUCAUUGGCUGAAUCUACAGAAACUGAUCGCACCACACUGAACUCUGUGGCGGGGUCCUCGGGGUCCUCGGUGCCAGGGUCCAGUAGCUCUGCUCUGGAGCUGUGUGUGAGCAGCGCUGGCUGCAGCAAGGGUGACCCUGGAGAUGACAUCACAGGUCUGAGGUCAGGGGUCAAUGAGGGUCUGUUUAGCCUUGUGACAGAUCUGAAGGAGGAGCUGAGGCGACAGAGGUUCAGCUAUGAGACACAAAUACGCAAAUUGGAGGAGUCAUAUUCAGGUCUUCGUCUCCAGUCUGGUCGUUUAGAAGAGGAUCUUAACCAGGAGAAGAAGAGGUUCCGCAUGCUGGAGAUCCGACUGGGGAACUCUAAACGCGCAAGGCAGGAUGCAGAGACUUGGAAUGUUCUUCUGCAGAAAGAGAAAAAGUUCUGGGAGACCUGACCACUGGCACACAAACCAGCUAGACCUGAGCUGACAGUGUCAGCCCAUUGAGCUAAAGCCUAGGCAUUCACUAUGGGAGCUAACACAGGUCAAGUUUAAUUCUGCUACACUCAGAAAAAAUGUAAGAAAAAUAAUGAAAGUCUUGAAUUAAACAGGAAAGUACUAUCUGAGCUUGUUCAACAAGAAAUGCUAUAUUUUGUGUUUCAUUGCAAAAUGUUUUGCUACUGUGUGCUCUAAUGAACACAACCUAAGUGUCUCUCCGCCUGUGUAUUUAGGACUAGGUUUAAUAUGUGUCCAUGAAACCGGACCCUAGAGUAUUCAUUCAGAGGUUGCUCAAGACUGUUGUGAUACAGAAGGAGUUUUAUGUUUUUCUUAUCUGAAGUCUACUGCUGUCUAUUACUCUGUAUGCAUCGUCAUUCUUGGUAACUGUGGGCCAGUUUCACAGAAACAGAUUUAGCCUAGUCCUGGACUAUGAAGCACUUUCAAUGGAGAUGGCCCAUUGAGUUUAUUUCAGGAUUAGGUUUACGCCAGGAUUCAGUCCGAUUGCGCUUUGUUGGCUAUGCACCUCUUAAAGGUCAUUUUCCUGUGUUUGUGGAGACAGCAUUCAUGGUAAAUGCUACAUAUGUUGGCUAAAUUGGAAAUUACCAUUAAAUGUCAUGUUAUAACAUGGAUCGCCUGCUGAUAGGUUUGAAUCCCUGCCUUAAUCUUUGUCUGAGAAACCACCUUUGUGUGUACUAGAUGGUUAUUGAUCUCUUUAAAGAUGAACCUCUAAAUGGUUAAAUGUGAUACUUACUGAGCUAACACUGUACUGUUAAAAAAAAAAAACCUCUCAGGUGUUCUAAAUAUUCUGGUCUGAGAGAUGAUGUAUCUCUAUUCCCGUACUUGAAUACUCUUCUGAAAUAGACAACUUUUACCACGCCACGGUUUCACCACACUACAGAACAUUUUGCUGACUUGUUUCUGAUUUAAGAAACAGGCCUUGUUUAUCAUAGCGAUAUCAGAAACAGACUUUUGCACAGACUCAAACUGACCAGACUAAUGAAAGCCUCUGAGCAUUUGUCAUUAUAAACUAAUGUCCUUACAAGAAGUAUGCGUUGAGAAUAAAAACAAUUCAAACAGAAUCAAAUUCAACCCUUUAUUUGCAGAAGUUGAAGGUUGACAUUGACCGACCAUUUCCAGUGUGUACAUUACUGUGGGUCUGUAGUAAGACCUUGUCCAGAUCAAAAGGCUAACAUUUACAUAACCGUCCUUUGUGGAAAACACCACGAAACCUGGGUUGCGUUCAAGAGUGUGAAACGUAAUAUAUUGAUUCCAUGAAUAAGAACUGAGAUGCACCCAUAUCUAUUUGCACGUUCCACAAUGUUGUACCCUCUUGAAUGCAGCCUUGUUUCUGGUGUGCGAUAGGCCUGACCACAGACAGGGAAUGGGUCCAGUUCCAAACAUAAACAGGGCCUAUAGGGAUUGAACGGCGAGGAGCCAUCAAAUACAUUUUAAUCCAAAAAAAAGGAAAAAAUGUCGAGCAGCAAACCUUUUCAAUCCCCUGGAGAACAUCCAUCUAACAUACAAAUCAACCACUCAUUACCUACUCUAUAGUCUACAAAUCAUAUUACAAAAAAUAGAGAAAUGAAAAGACAUAGUACUUUUGAAUUAAAUAUACAUUACAUACAACUCUAGCAGUCUUCUAACAUUGACAAUGGUACAUUUUCAAAAAAAAACAAAAAAAAUAUGCACAUGUUUUCUCAAAUUUCUUUUCACAAAUAUUUUUCUUAAUAUUAACAACAUUUGAAAUAUAUAUUUUCAAAUACCGUCCUGACUGGUUGCAUCAAGGCCUGGUAUGGGAAUUGCGCCGUCCACGACUGCAAGGCUUUCCAGCGAGUGGUGAGGACGGCCCAGUACAUUACUGGGACCGUGCUGCCACCCAUCCAGGACAUUUACUCAAAACGGUGCCUGAGGAAGGCCUGCAGCAUCAUCCUCAAGGACCCCACACACCCCAGCCACGAGCUGUUCACUCCCUUACCGUCGGGCAGAUGGUAUCGGAGCAUGAUGUCUAAUACCAAAAGGCUCAGAGACAAUUUCUAUCUACAAGCCAUCUGCUGACUGCUGAACACUUGAACUGGACUGACCACCUUCACUGACUCUCCGCAUUUCAGCACACACCCACACAGAUAUACACACACACACACAUCACAACUGCUACCAGACUUAAUAUGAUUGCUAAAUACUUCACAAUUGAAACACUUGAUCCCCCCAUAACACAUGUAAAUAUUGGAAUAUAAAUUGUGCCAUCCUGUUUUAUACUUAUGCUCAAAUGUGUAUUGUAUUCUACUGAGCCAUUUACUUUAUGUUCUUAUUCUAAUCUUUUAUUAUUUCUAAUUGUUGUUUGCAUUGUAAAGAAAAAACCUAAGUAUUUCCUUGGAUGGUGUAUACCAUGUGUAUCCUAUACAUAUGGCUAAUAAAACUUUAAAGUAUCAGCCAUCAUGUAAAGGAAAAACCUCAUAAUUCAACAAAAACAAAAUCAUAAAAUGCAACUAACUGGAUCGUCAACCCCGUCAGACAGCAUAAAAACCAUUUCAUUUUUACAUGUAUUGUCCAACAAGUGUUUAAAGUAUUGAUUGUUUAAUUCUAACAG